AAUACUGACAAUGUAUGUUUGUUUAGAUGGUGAAACUGAUGUUGAAGAAGAUGAUAAUUGGGAAGUGCUCAAUGUUGGUGAUCAGGCAUUUGGCAUAAAAACAAGUGGUUUAGAAGAAAAAUCAAGCGCAUGUAGUAUGUUGGUUGGUUAUGCAAGAGAACUAAAAGAAGGUUCUGAUAAUUAUGUGGAAGAAACGACAAAAUUAAUGAUACCAUUAUUGAGAUUCUACUUUCACGAAGCUGCAGAGGGUGGAGAAAAGGGUUUAGACUACAAAGCGCCGGGUAAAGCCCUAUAG